UAGUUGCCGGCGGGUUCCGCGAGGGGCGCCGCCGUCGCGGCGUCCAGCGGCGCGCAGCAAGUGGCUGUCCGAGGCUGCAGUGCGCGCCCGCCCGCCGCUCCUCGCGACCAGCAGCCAGCAGCCGCCGACGCGCGUUUCACACCCACACACCAGCCAGGCCGCCGGCGACACAGGGUGGACCGUUGCACACCCCAUGGGCGGCUGAUUUGCUUCCGCAGUCGGAGAAAUUGCUUCAUUUUUCUUGGUUGGGAGACUUGUUGGUGGGCUUCUGGAGGCAGUCACCCAUACUGAAGCUGGAUGCUACAUUCCCAAAUACUGUCUGCUGCAUCGCAGCUGCCAUUGACGCCUAUGACGAGAAGCCGUGUCAAGAUCAAUAGUUCGUUUGUAUUACGAACUAGAUACACAGCACGUAGAAAAAAAGUGUACAAUUAAUUACAAGAUCUGCUUCGUUCAUUAUGCUUUCUACAGUAGAUCAUUUCAGACGAACGUGCUGUUUUAAAUCGGUUUACCACGCCUAAAAGUUACCAUGUAAUGCACUUUCAAAUUUCCUCGUGAAUAAACACUUUCUGCAUUAUUCUUUAUGCGUGAACUGACUCUCGGAAAUGAAAAAGGGCUUGUCUAUGAGCAAGAGUUUAAUGUGCAAGCGUCGUUGUUGUGUCGUGUUACAGUACAACUGAUCAAUAUUAUUGUGUUUUGAGGAUAGUACUGUGAGCACCUAACUUGACAACACCAAAUUAAUCUUGGCACUGGUAGCAGAGGUGCAGGAACACUGGACGACAAGUUGGCGUAUAAUGGGGACGAGAGGUGACUGGUGUAUAAGCACGCAAAACGACAGUAUAGAUCCCUUUCCCUGCAGAGAGAACCUCCCACCUAUUGAGUAAAGUACUUCAAAGCGUAACGUGAGCAAUGGCGCUGCCAUCGCUGAUGUUCCCGAUGCUGGAGAACACUACUCUGGAGGAGCUGCAGUGCCUGCUGGCGGAAGCCACGGGGGCAGAGCUGGAAGCGGCGGUGUCGGGGGCCAGCUGCCCCCGAGCCUGGGACAGCGUCACCUGCUGGCCAACCUCGCCGGCCGACACACUUGUGCUGAUGCCCUGCUUCUCGGAGCUCAACGGCAUGCCGUAUGACACCAGCCAAAAUGCGAGCCGGUGGUGCCACGCGAACGGCACGUGGUCGAGCUACAGCAACUACUCGUCGUGCGAGGCGAUGCUGCCCAAGAUGCCGGUGGUCGAGGUGAUCGACGAGGUGAUCGUCGAGGUGGCCACGACGCUCUACUUCACCGGCUACUCCGUCUCGCUCGCCGCCCUCGUCGUCGCCGUCACGAUCUUCCUAUACUUCAAAGAGUUGCGAUGCCUCCGAAAUGCCAUCCACAUGAAUCUCAUGUGGGCGUAUAUCCUCACCGACUUCUGGUGGAUUCUGACUGGUAUUGUAGAGGUAUCAGAGAAAGUGAGUAGCUCUGUAUGCGUCGUCCUGGUGCUACUUUUCUACUAUUUUCAGAUGACUAACUUCUUCUGGAUGUUUGUAGAAGGACUUUAUUUGUAUAUGCUGGUGGUGCAAACGUUUACGGGGAAGCUUAUGCAGAUGCGUGCUUACAUUCUCAUCGGAUGGGGGGUGCCACUAGUAAUCAUAACCGCGUGGGGCAUCGCGAAAGGUCUCACUACGGGGACGGGAGACCCCACGGUGCCGAGCGCCGAACCGCUGCGCCUGCACUGCCCGUGGAUGGACGUUGACGCGUACGACUCGAUCCACAUGGGCCCCAUCAUGCUCGUGCUGUUCGCUAACCUCGGCUUCCUCGCCAGGAUUAUGUGGGUGCUGAUCACGAAGCUGCGGUCGGCGAACACGGUGGAGACGCAGCAGUACCGGAAGGCCAGCAAGGCGCUGCUGGUGCUGAUCCCGCUGCUCGGCAUCACCUACAUCCUGGUCAUCGCUGGCCCGAGGGAGGGCCUCUCAUCUGACGGCUACAUCUACGUCAGGGCCAUCCUCAUCUCCACUCAGGGCUUCAUGGUGGCGCUGUUCUACUGCUUCCUGAACUCGGAGGUGCAGACUGCAGUGCGGCACCGGCUGGACAGCUGGCAGACGGCUCGCUCGCUGCGGACGCGGGGGCGUGACUCACGGAGGCGGCACCGCAGCAGCAGCGGCGGCCGCCCCAGCAAAGACUGGUCGCCGCGGUCGCGCACCGAGAGCCUCAGGAUGGCGUCCAGGGUGUCGGUGAUCGCCGGCUGCGACCUGCCGGACGGCGCGGCGGCCUCCCGCCCCAGCCACGUCAACGGCGGCGGCGGCGGCGCCGUCACCCCGGCCAUCGCCUGGCUGUCCACACGCACCGGCUGGAAUUGAGCGUCUCCGCGACUCUGGAACACUGCCUUCAGCGGCUGGUGCGCUAUCACCGUGCUUCAUCACUACGUGGCGAGGAAGUGUUCCUGCGGCGCCCUGCAGACGUGGUUCGUGCUGUCUCUCUCUCGGACAAUACAGGCGAAUAGUAAUUCGCUGGUGUUGUCCUAUUUGGGAACCAACUAGUACGUAUAGCUGUCGUCAGUAUUUUGGUUGGCAGGACCUACAAAUAUGAAAAUCAAGUGCAGUAGUGGAAUUAACACCAAACCACAGUGUACAUCAUACUAACUGCCCUAAAAUUACGCAGUGAGUGGCCGAAAACGAAAAGGGUUCCACCUUUUUAGAAUAUCGUGUGUUCUACUUCCCAUGCGUACUUUCAGCAAUGUAUAGCUCUGCCGUGGAACGGACCUCGACAUUUCGUUACAAUACACGCGAUUAUAACGGGAAAAACUCAGUUCUAUAUCAUUAUUCCUCGUAUACACACUCCCACCCCGCCACAGUGUCAUGAUGUAUCAGUUCGAGGUCUGUCUACUGCUGACAUAAAUUCCAGGUCUUCCAGGUACUAUGGAGUUCACAAGGUUUGUAGCGUAACAGAAUACUCGAGGACACAAUGCUGUCCAGCUUGUGCUCUAUAGUUUUACAGUAGAACAACAGGAUACUUGAGACCAGGUGUUGUGUAGUAAUUUCCUGGUGCUGUCCCAUUUGGGAGCUACGUACGAGCUCUGUACGGCAUUAUAAUGCGUGCAGGAAAAACUGACCAUGAUCGUGUGCAUAAACGUAGCAACAUCACAUCCCUCCUAUACGAUCCAAAAUUAAAAUUAGUCUGUAAAUUGGUGUUUCUUAAUGUUGAUGAUACUAAAUGUCGUAUUUUGUACAGUGCAUCAGUAUUUAAUACCAAAAACUGUUAAUGUAAUUGACUUCAAAAACGAACUGAAAGAAAUCAUUUUUUACUCAUUCAGUUGAUUGUGUACCGAGUAAUAAAUGAGUUACCUACUUUGCAGCUGCAAUAGAAAUGAUUCUCAUGUGUAUGCCUCGGUACCUUGAGUGAAGUAUGAGCCUAAGGAAACCUACUACACUACUUCAUCACGUCUCUGAUGUAAUAAAUGCCCCCCAAUGUAACUAAUUAGUUACCAAUAGUUCAACAAAUUGUCUUCGUCUACAUCAAUGUUUACGACAGUACGCUUCUGCGGAUACCCAAAGAAUACAGUUUUAAUCAAGGAUAUAUUAAAAGUACAUUUCUGCAACUCAUAGGAUAUUUCAGUAAUUAAUACCCGUUUAACACAUGAAAAGAUGCUUGCUACACAGGAGCUGAUAUCCGAAGAAAAGUUGUCAGAGCUAUCAGUGAUACUAAACUGUACUGGUGCAAUCAUACCAACAAAUAACGAUACAAAUUAUAAGUUUUAACUGCUGAGAACAAGAAUACCAUAACAAACGGAGUACAAACUCAGAUAGAUUAAGGAUGAGAUACGAAACGCGCCACUAACCUAUUAAUUAACAAAUUUGCCUAUUGUGUGAAGACGGAGAACCUAAAGAGAAUCUAAUGAUGAAAAUUCGAAGCUCCCUUCCCGGGAAAAAGGUGUAGUACAAAAGAAAUUGCAGUUGCUUAUAGCAUUACACUAACUCACAGCGUGAAGAACAAAAUAUAAAUGACAGAACCACAUAUACUUGAACUGAACAUGCCUCGUGUAGUGCCAAGACAGUCAGUAUGUUGUUGUGGUCUUGUCCAGAGACUGGUUUGAUGCAGCUCUCCAUGCUACUGUAUCCUGUGCAAGCUUCUUCCUCUCCCAAUGCCUACUGGAACCUACAUCCUUUUGAAUCUGCUUAGUGUAUACAUCUCUUGGUCUCCCUCUACGAUUUUUACCCUCCACACUGCCCUCCAAUACUAAAUUAGUGAUCCCUUGAUGCCAUAGAAUAUGUCCUACCAGACAGUCAGUAUAUUAUUCACUAGUUCCACCUACAGUAUCUAAGCGAUAAGGAAAAGAACAAUAUUUCUACAUAAUUGUUGAAGUCGUUGACUGCUAUAGGCAGCUUUGUUUCCACAAAAUACGGUUGCCGCCUUUUCAUAUCCCAUUUCGUCAAACACGUUUUCCUCAUCUUCAAUUCAUCUUACAAUGAAUUUAGUGUUGAUUGCGCCAUAAAAUAUGGAAUCCUGUAAAGAACUUAUCUUGAGUAACUUUCUUCAGUCAUUAUCAUCACCAUCAUGGUCAGCUAUUUGACAUCCGCUGUGACAUCCUCUACACUUUUCAUGCUGUAAGGUUUUUAGAUUUACGCACGUUAAGUUGCUCCUCCAUGAUUCCUGACGUCCAUUCAUCUUCAGUGAGGUCAUCUUCGUGGCCUUUCCUCACUUCUUGAAAUCUGAUAAAGAGAUUCUUUGUUUCUUCGUCCCCUCCAUUUAAUUCUGAUUAUGCUACAACUGUUUUUCAUAUAAAUCUUCAGGUUGAUCCAUUAGUACUUUCUUACCUGCUAGUAAUUCCUAGCGCACGUAUCUCCGUUGCUCGGUGAGUAUUUCUCGAUUUGUUGUGUGGUUUUUACAGUAAAUAUCAAGUCUGAAUAUCACAGUGAAAUCUUGAUACUAUACUGUAGUAAACCUUCCUGUUAGCCACACUUCGAUGGAUUAUUUUGAAAAUUCUAUUUAAUUUAACAACUACGCUCCGUGCCAUUUUUAUCCUUCUGUGUAUUUCUUUUAUUGCCCAUCAAGCCAUUGUCUUCAAGCCCCGUAUUAAAAAAAAAAGUGGAAAUAUAUAUAAAGUUUCUGUGGCUUCAUUGUCAUUCUGUAUAGUUUUGCUUUGUGUUCAUACCGAAUUAUUUUAGUCUUACUGUAAUUUUGAAACCUACCUUAAAACUUGCUAUAGUAAUUUUUUUAAUUUGUUGUUGAUUACACACUUCCGUGUCAUGAGUUGACCGAAGAUGGUUCAGAUACGUUUCACUAACAAGUUUUAUUCCUUUAAUCUACCAUUUUAAGCUUAUGAAGAAUUACUCUUAUAGUCCCUUCCUCUUUCCCCUCUGACAACCACGCUACACUAUUCUCUAGUACACUAAAAGGUGUUGAAGCAGCGUCUGGCUUUUGAAGGGUUGAGAUUUCUUUGUCACCCAGUAGAAACCAUUCUGUCUCUAGGACUUCAAAUCAUUUGUAUUGCUUAUUUCUUUCUGCAGAUUAAUUAAGCAAUAAAUAAACGUAAAUUGUACUACGACCAUCAGAACCAAACUUAUUGCUUUGAUUCACAUCUUUUGCUUUUUCCAUACUGUUGGUAUAAUGUUACUGAGUUUCUCUUAUACCAUGGGAAAGGGGUUAGUAUGUUUGAUUGAUUUUUUUCCUCGUAUAUCCCCGAUUUUUUGACGAAGACCAAGAGUAGCAUUUUCGACUUUCGUGGAAUCAGCUCCCCACUGAGUAUUAAUAUUACUUCCAUUUGUUAUCUAUUUACUAGCGAGAAAAUCAGUUGCUUUACAGUUAUAUUUUUUAUUUUACUUCGAUGUUUAUCUCAUUACUGUACAAUCAGUUCCAACACAGCAUUGCCUUAUCUUCAGGUAUUUAUUACGCUUGUUUCAUGAAUGGAGUGCCAUAAAUACUGUGACCGUGAUUCCUUCAAGGGACACGAUUUAAUAAUUCUUGUCAAACACUCUCUGCUCUCUAGAAGGUACAUAAAGAUCAGACAAUGAUAUCUUGAAGUCGAUUUACAUAAAUCAGACAAGCAUCAAAAUAAAAGGAAAACACAGUUGCAAGGAAACUGGCUUUCAUUGUAAUAAUGUGCAUCAUUGUUCCCGGUUUCUGGAGUCGCCUUCUUUCAUGAUAUUCGCUAGAAUACUUUCUAUCUUAGUUUUCAGUUGCUUAUUGCUCCCACUUUCGUAAGUUCUACUGAAACACCGUCAUCUCCAGACCUUGUCCUUCAUUAAUAACCCAAAUGACUUGAUACACUUCAUAUGUCAUUAAUUCUGAAACAUUGUUACUGUCAUUAUCAAGUGCCCCAGUUUAUGAUUCAUCUCUUGAAAUACACAAACAUGUAAAGAACUGUCGAGAUUUUUGGAUGAAUUUCUCUCUGUUCUGACUGCUAUCUUUGCACAUAAAAUGUGAUUUCCACACAACAUUUUAUUAUUUUCGUUUCGUCAUAUUUCAUUGUUUUCAUUUUUUUUCUUACAAAAUUUUCGUCGUUGCUCUCGAAGAUAGUUCUCGGAGUAUUCCCUGAUUCAGUAUGUACUUCCACUGUUUACUUGGAAAUUGUGUAUUCUCUUUAAUACAAGAAAUUCACUUUCUACCUUUGCCCUUCUCUUCGUCCUGUUGCGUCUUUUGCUGUUUGCAUAAAUAAAUUUGUUAAAGAAUUUCCCUCUUUGUCUGUGUUCUUAUAACCCUCAUUUUGCCAAACACUAAAUUUAUACACUGAUAUUCUUAGAUAAUAUCUGAUCACUUGCCAUUUUGUUUCUUUCUAUCACCACACUUCCUUUUCUGUGUAUCUAACCAGCCUACGACGUCUUGAUAUUCUAAAUCAGCUUCCUACAGUCUAUUUUUAUUUGAAAUAAAUAUUCAGUUUCAGUUUCUUAUCUAUUAUAGAUUUUGGUGAAGUGAGAGGAUAUUAUUCUAAUAAAAAUGGUCAAUAAAUAUUCAAAUAGCCAGAAAUCCUUUUUUUAACAAAGAAGCUUCAUUUUAAGGUGUAUGAAGUGAAAUAAACCUUUUAAGUUCUUGUGGUGUCUUUUAACAAUUGUAGAUUCCGUUUUGCAUUCCAUUUGUUCAGCUCCAGUUCCAUAUACAGUAUAUUUAGUUAUUUCUAGGAAAUCUGUUAGGGACAUUACAUUGUUCUUCGUGAAAAAUUCUACUAAAUUCUGCUUUCUAUAGUAUCAGGUACCAUGUAUAAACUACCUCAGUGAAGAAUAAUUCUUAGUGUUUAUUCUACUCUGAAAAUGAUUUCUGUUGUGAUUCAGUAGUGACCUUUUCUGGCCUCAGCUUCUGUAACUCUUCCUAGAAGUAUUCCACCCCCUCAAUAGACUGAGGACGUCUUGAAGCGUAGACCAGAAUGAUUUUGAUGUAAUAUACUUUAAAAAUAAUAAAUUCGUAUCUUGUUCUGAAGUUAGAUAUUUUUUCAUAAUCUGUAAUAUAAUUUUUAAUUCGAGGGUUUACAAUAAAGUUUCAUCAAAAGUCACUCCAUUUUCUGUUCUAGUGAAAUACAACGAAUAUCAUGAAUUUAUUUGUAUUUGACUCAUUUUCUGCAUUGCCCUGAUAGUUCUACUAUAUUAUAUUUGACCUUGUUUUAUUCUACUUAUAGCGAUGCUAUCAUCAGAUAUAAAAUUUAAAAUUUUUCCUACCACUGCCAAAACACCACAGGAACCUUUUUCUAAAUUUCGUUUCAGCGUCACUAUGUUCUGUAGACGCCUGUGCAAUAAUUUCCAUGAGUACCACAUUCACCAAGUUUCUCCAGUUUAUGUCAUCGUUCACUAACGUCCCCAACUGCUUUUCUUUCCCAUAUGUAUGGUUGUCGUCGUUAGUGGGAUAUUAAACUAUGAACAUGAUUCCUGUUCGUCUACUUUCUCGAAAUUUGGAAUAUCUGCAACGAUUGCAAGCAAUAUUUCAAGAACAUAUUCCUUAUCAGGACCUACUACCUAUAGUAAAACAUAGCUGGAGAAUGUAUAUGAAGUUCUACUGAAAUCUUCGAAGAUCUUUAAAAGUGCCACUCUCUUUGUCGUAUAUAACAUGCCUUAAUUUUUAAGUUAGCAUCCAAUGGUAAAGAUAGAUUGUUGGCAGGUCUGUAACACAUCGACUCUUAGCGAUGUCUUUGUUGUCUAGUUCUUCUUCAGUUUCAUUUAUUUAGAUUUUUUUUAAUUUUCUUACACGUCAGUUUUCUCCUGGACUUUUCCAUGAAUAGCUUGUUGGAAUAUUGUCUUUUAGCGUAUCUUCUCUAUCAUUUCAAAGUAAAAAUUUUGCCAAGAACCACAUUUUAACACACACAUCUCAUUUAUUUACAAGAAUUCGGUACGGUACUUCUGUGUAGCAGAUCCAUCGCUUGUAAACAUUUCUUGCCAGAUUUCCUUGCUUUCGUGUGUGUGGUUUAUAAAUUCCUUGAUUAUAACGAAAUGUAUUCAUAAAACACUUCUUCUAUAUCUCUGUGGUAAAUUACAUCACAACACUACACCUUCUGUUUCCCUCUUCUUUCCUUGUGAUUUUAAUAAUCCAAGAUUUGCUCGCUUCCAUUUAUUUAUUCCAUACUGUGCAUCCAGCAGACUAAUUUCAGUUCCAAACGUUCUACAUGUAAUGAUCUCUGUACUGCAUUACGAUAAAAGUAGUUGCUUUUACAAUAUGUAAUAUGUUAUUGUUAACAGACUUCUUCAAGUCGAGCAUGUAUAGAGUGUGGAAAUUGCCACUUGUGUGUUGGACUGUAUGUGCGAGUGUGUCAUUGUGAAAGUCACACUGAUGUGUGAAGAAUGCGUAUGAAAUGGCCUACUUUGCAAGAUGCUAGUUAGUUAAAUACAUCUUGCAGCAAGAUGUCAUAAAGAAAGUAAAUGGUCAUGCGAUAUAGUUGCACACAUCACAUGAGUUCCGUAAGCAGGCCAUGAUAACGUCAUGCCUGUGGUACAUGAGAUACAUAAUAAUUCUCAAAUCAUGGUGGAUCAUGGCUUAUCAGUAAAAUCAAUUAGACAUGUAAAAAAUGUCUGGUUCUCAGAUUUUCUUUUAAUGAUCCCGAGAAGGGUACUGAGACGACCGCCUUUUUGACGGCAUUAUCCAGAUACGUCUUUUCCUGGGCUGUACAUUCGUGUAGCUUCUGAUAUUGAUGUCUACUUUCCACAGCAAAUCAUCAUGCCAUUAUUUGCGACCGUUACAUAACCAAAAGAACAAGAUACACAGUAAAGUGUGCUGCUGAGUAGUGCACGUUUAGCGCUUUUCAAAAGAAGUCAGUAUUUUUGGCUUUGUCACCAGCUGACCUGUAGGACAGGCUGCUCCCAUAAAAUGAUCUUUAUGAGGAAUGAAGUAUUCUUAGAUCCAAUAUAUAUGCGAUUCAAGAGAAAUGAUAAAAUAGCGUCGUACUAAAGAAAUGUUGAAAUGUACCGUAAUGUCUUUAGUUUCUUACUGUAUCUCUUCCCUACUGUUAAUACGCUGAGCCCAGACGGCCGCGUAGUUGUGGCUAUAAAUACGAGUGAGGAAAAAUCUAAUUUUAUUCUUCAUUGUAACAUUAAAUAAAUCUCUCAAAAUAUGACAGAUGUUAAAAUGACCAAUGAAAUACUUUGUACGAAAGGAUUUAGGAUUGCGAGGCAUAGAAAUAAUUCCACUGUGAUGAUAAAAAAUAAAAAUGACAAUCUUCCCUAGGUUCAAUGGAUAUUACUCAAUGAUUGUGUAGAAUUACGUAUCAGUAACGAACACGCAAUGGUUUCGUUAUCGUUACGUAACAUAGCUUACAAAUUUGUCAAGAACUAAAUGUGUAAUCUUAAUUACAUUUAAAUUUGUUUUUAUUUUGAGGAGGUCAACUGACAGAAUUAGACAUAAAAUACUUACACUUCAUACUUGUUGAUACUAUCGUGGAAAUCAAUGAGAAAUCACUACAUCAUUUACUGAGGUCUUCGUACUUUCGUCUCGUUCAAAUCUUUUCUCAGCGUGAAGAGAAACUGUUAAGGACGUUGUAAAAUAUGCUUUGGUCUGCCUGUUUUUGAAGAGUGCCGAUAACGUAAAGUACAAAUGGAGAAAUAUAAAUUGGUCCAAUUAAAUGUUCCUUCUGUAAAAUAUCCUGUAGAUGAAAAUAUGUUUAAAAGAUAUUUAUAUCAGAGGAAAGAUAAUGACAAACAAAGAAAUCAUUAAGUGUCAAGUUUUCUAAUUUUAAUUUUACAUCCCGUUAUUUGCAUGUGGUUACAUGGUGCACUGGAUUGUACGUGUGUUCAAAUCAUACUUGUACCGAAUUACUAGAGUAAGAACAAUUUAUUAUUUGGAUUGAUGUAUUUUUGUAAAAAAGACCUUCAGUGUUUCUGUAAAACAAUAAAAGCAAUUGAUAUCAA